CGACCUGAAUUCUUUAAUAAGCACAAUGGAAGGGUUGUUUACUUUUGAGAACUAAUAGCUGCCCCAUUCUUUGUGAUUGUCUGCUUACAUGAUUUGUUAUGAAAGAAUGCUUCUAGGUAAACCCUGUCUCCAGAAUGCUGGUGGUUUGUUCUGUUCUGCUUGGGAAGGGUUAAGAAGAGACAACAUCCUGUCAAAGACCUUGUUUUUAAUUUUGCUUCUCACACUGGCACAGAUCCUGCUAAGAGCAGCCCAGAUUAGUUCGGAAAACCUUUGAAGAGAUUUAAGAUGUCCUUCAGCCAGUUUGAAGGUUUUUGUCUUGCAAAUCCAGUACAAGGGCGCCUGCAGGCAUCUCGACCCUUGCUGUGCUGCUGAUGCAGCUCAAGGUCACAAUAACCCGCCCUGUGACAUUCAACAACAACAAAAAUUAUGCGGUAAAACUGCUUCAGCGUUCAGCCAACCAACAACUUCCUUUAGUGAGGAACUGAGGAAGAAGUCUUUUUUACCCCCCUUUUUCUUUUUUGGGGGGCUCUGUGAAUUUUUGCUGUAGGAAAUAAUCCCGGAUUUCUGGUGUGUGUGAUGACAAGGUCAUUUCUUAAUUAGAACACAUGUAAAGAACAAAGCUAAAUGGCUUCAAAACAGCUUUGUAGUUGAUGGAGAGGAUUUAAAUUAUUUAAAGAGAUAGUCACCCAUGUAUGAUGGAAGCUGAAUUCUAAAGGCAUUAACUCCUUCAUUCCUAUCUACUUCUUGUCAUUGCUUUGAAUUCCUCGUGUCUGACUUUAGAGUUGCAUUCUAAACUUAAGAGAAAUUAUAAAUGCCCAAUGUUAAAAGGAUGAAAUGUAAUUUAUAAAUCAGAUUCUCAGAUAAACUUUUAAUGGAGAAGUUUUCUCCCCAUGACAUCUAUCUCCUGGAAACAUUAUCAAAUGGCUUGACUUAGGAACUAGAAAUUACACACUUUUCCCCUGGCAACUGUGAUUUAUUUAUAAUGCGUUGGAGGUGGGUGAGUAAAGUGCUUCUUUAUUGUCUCACCUUAUCUCUUCCUCAAUUUUAUCCAUUUGUGAUUUAGAAGUCUAGUUGAGCAGUUACCCCUGCCUCUUAGAAAUAACAGCACAUAAUCAUUCAAAAAGUAAUCUUAGUUAAAAACGGACUUUCAAGAAAGUUGUUUCCGAACAUACAUGACAUUUUAAGGCACAAUGAAACCAUGUCCAUGAACACUCAGUAGCCAUACUGGAUCUGCUCCCCUUCGUGAGGCUUGUUUCCCCAUGUUCCUCCUUCGCUGUCUGCGAAUGUUAACUACCAAAUAAAUUAGUUGGACAAAGUCCAAGUGCACUGGCUUUCUGUGCUUGAGACUUAAUAUGUAUCACCUCUGCAGGAUUGGAGCAGAACAAUCUAAGAGAGUAAUUUUGUGCUUGGUAUUUUCUUUAUGUGUAUUAUAUAUAGAAGCACACAUGGCCGUUAUUUUUUUAUCCACAAAGUGACACUGUGUAGAGAAAGUUACCUUCAACUUUAUGAUAUUAGCAAAACCAUUUUCUCAGAAUUCAUACUCAGUUGGUUUUUUGACUGAAGUAGAAUCAGGACAAGUACUUUAAAAGAUGGGUAGUAUUUUAAGUGUGAUUAUUUAAACUGAUAUUUGGGAAUUUGUGGGCCACACUUAAAAGGAUAACAUGAUGGACAGUGUAAGAACAAGUUCGAAUGAACGAGACUUACUAAAGGAUUUUUUUCCUUGAGAAACAAUUUUUGGGGUCCAUGAAAUGAAAGGGCAUAGAUAUUAAGAUACAUAUUUUUAGGUAUAGGUAUUUUAAAGAUUUCAGCUUUGCAAAAAGAAAAUAUUGGGGGGAAAAUCUGUAUGUGAGGAAUGGUUAGUGUGAUUCAUUGUGUCCUGCCCUUGCCUGGAGUCUGGUGUGCCCUAAAUGUCAUUUAUGACCCAAGCUCACCUGCUAGUAAUUUCGAAUUUACUGUCCUAAUUCAUCGAUUUGUUAUCACUAAUUGUUCUUCAUUUACUUCUGUGUAGUUUCCAGUACCUAAAGGGUUGAAAGGUUGCUGUAAUUGGCACCCGCAGCUGCUCUUUCUUUUGACAGGGGAUAAUUUUGCAGCCUAUGCUUUGUGUGACAGCUGCCUAAUUGGGCAUUCUCCCCUUGUAGCAAGCCUGCCUCCUCCAGCCUCCCUGCUGACAAAUGGUGGUGGAUUAUAGAUGAGGACACGCUGACCCAUUCGACCUUGCUGAGACAGCGGGGAGGGGCCUCCUGCUACUUGAGGGAAGCUUUAGGUCAUUUAGAGGACAAGGUUAUGAGCCAGGUGGAGAAAUGACAUGAUAUCACAUGACAGUAGCCUGAUGACAUGGUCAGUGUGUCAAGGACAAAUGCAUUAGUAUCGAAUAAACAUUAUUACAAUACUUUAUUGAGUCCCUAGUAUUUCUUAAUUGUUCUUACUGAAUUUUUUUUUAAGAAACCGAAAAAGUGCAAAAUAAGACACAUGUAUCUUAGCAGUGUUAAAGCAAUUGUAUACAUGAAGAUAGAACUGGCUUAGGAUGCCUCCUAAUAAGUUUCUUUAGUUAUUUAGAGUAUUUUGUUCUUAAUUAUUGCUUAGUUUGCAGUCUCUUAACUAUCAAUACUUUUCAAUAGUUAUUUGAAAAUUAAAGCAGGCAAAUUAAAAUGUGGCAAUAUGUGUUGUUAAAAAAUAUUUAACAACUUCUGUCAUUCCCCUACUCAAUGAUUGACAUACCUUUUCAUAUUUUGGAUAAAAGAAAAAUAAGCCAAGUGAAAAUGUCUAAUUGAAAAGAACAUCAAAACUCUAGAUUUAUAAGAUCAACUAUACCACUGUGAUUAUAAAGUGUUAAAGGUGCUUUUUAAAUAAUUUUUGAGACUUGAAAAUAUUUUUCAAAUAGCUUGGGAUUAUACAUAAUGUAAAAACUUCAAGAUACAUGAAAAUCUUUUGGAUGUCUUAUUACUGGCAAUGCAUAUGCUUUUCUUGAGAAAGUAGACUUGAACUAUUAAAAUAUAUUUUAAAGUGUAAACUCUUAAGAAUCCAUGCUGAGUCUAUUAACCCUAUAUUAAUACCUGAAAUGAUAAAUUCAUGUAAAAAAAUAGUACAAUUAAGAAAAAUGCCUAGUUUUAAAAUCGGCAGACAGUUGAAUACAAAGAGGACUGAUCAUGGUUCUCAUUUCUGGAAAAACAAUUGUUAGGCACUGUUUGGAUCUAAGCCCUCAGUUCAACAGGAGGUAAUUUUAUGCCCCUGAGAUAAAAAAAAAAUGAGGCAUGGUAAAGUGUGAUGAAUUAGUUCACUGAAGUAGACACAUCUGUAUUUUCAUGGCACGUGUGUAUGCACGCUUGUGUGUGUGUGUGUGUGUGUGUGUGUGUGUGUUUAAUUUUGACCAUGCUGUGCAUGUGUUUAGCUGCUCUCAAACCCUGACUCAAGCUUGGUGGAGGUUUAAUCCUGUGCCCUUGUACACGUAUACUUGAUUAGUAGUUGUGGUUAUCUCAGCAGAAGACAUACCGCCCUCCUCCUUGUAUUGGUCAGGACCCGGGCAUUGGGGAGUCAAGGCAAAGGAGAAAGAAAAAAGAUUUUACAUUAGUAUUCUAUGAAAGCCUUACUGCCUGCAGAACAAAUUGAUUGCUCCAGUGUACCUGUGCUUGGCACCACUGCUGUGAAAGAAAGAACACUGAUAAAUGCAUUUAAUGGGGAAUAAAAGAUGAAGAAGGAAAAAGAAUAUAUUCACUAAGGAUUAUAUCUGCUUACUGCUACAGACCUAUGUUGUAAGGAAUUCUCCCUCUUGCUUAGAAGUUCAUCAGCUCUGUGGUCAGACUGCAUUGUUCUUGUCAUUGCCAGAAGAAAUCCUCAUCAGAAUGUAAGAGCAUGUCUGUCUCUCAGUGUUAUGGAAGGUGAUAAACUGAUACUCAGUUAUUAAAGUUACAUCUCACCGCAGAAAACCAUUCUUCAAAGUGAAUAGAAACCAAGCCCUUGUGAACACUUCUAUUGAACAUGACUCAUGGAGAAGAGCUUGGCUCUGAUGUGCACCAGGAUUCUAUUGUUUUAACUUACCUAGAAGGAUUACUAAUGCAUCAGGCAGCAGGGGGAUCAGGUACUGCCGUCGACAAAAAGUCUGCUGGGCAUAAUGAAGAGGAUCAGAACUUUAACGUUUCUGGCAGUGCGUUUCCCACCUGUCAAAGUAAUUGUCCAGUUCUCAAUACGCAUACAUAUCAGGGAUCUGGCAUGCUGCAUCUCAAAAAAGCCAGACUGUUGCAGUCUUCGGAGGACUGGAAUGCAGCAAAGCGGAAGAGGCUGUCUGAUUCUAUCGUAAAUUUAAACGUAAAGAAGGAAGCUUUGCUGGCUGGCAUGGUUGACACUGUGCCUAAAGGCAAACAGGAUAGCACAUUAUUGGCCUCUUUGCUUCAGUCAUUCAGCUCUAGGCUGCAGACUGUUGCUCUGUCACAACAAAUUAGGCAGAGCCUCAAGGAGCAAGGAUAUGCCCUCAGUCAUGAUUCUUUAAAAGUGGAGAAGGAUUUAAGGUGCUAUGGUGUUGCAUCAAGUCACUUAAAAACUUUGUUGAAGAAAAGUAAAGUUAAAGAUCAAAAGCCUGACACGAAUCUUCCUGAUGUGACUACAAACCUCAUCAGAGAUAGGUUUGCAGAGUCUCCUCAUCAUGUUGGACAAAGUGGAACAAAGGUCAUGAGUGAACCAUUGUCAUGUGCUGCGAGAUUACAGGCUGUCGCAAGCAUGGUGGAAAAAAGGGCUAGUCCCGCCACCUCACCUAAACCUAGUGUUGCUUGUAGCCAACUGGCAUUACUUCUUUCAAGUGAAGCCCAUUUGCAGCAGUAUUCUCGAGAACAUGCUUUAAAAACACAAAAUGCAAAUCAAGCAGCAAGUGAAAGACUUGCUGCUAUGGCCAGAUUGCAAGAAAAUGGCCAGAAGGAUGUUGGCAGUUUUCAGCUCUCAAAAGGAAUGUCAAGCCAUCUUAAUGGUCAGGCAAGAACAUCAUCAAGCAAACUGAUGGCUAGCAAAAGUAAUGCUGCAACAUUUCAAAAUCCAAUGGGUAUCAUUCCUUCUUCCCCUAAAAAUGCAGGUUAUAAGAACUCACUAGAAAGAAACAAUGUAAAACAAGCUCCUAACAAUAGUUUGCUUUUACAUCUUCUUAAAAGCCAGACUAUACCUAAGCCAAUGAAUGGACACAGUCACAGUGAGAGAGGAAGCAUUUUUGAGGAAAGUAGUACGCCUACAACUAUUGAUGAAUAUUCAGAUAACAAUCCUAGUUUUACAGAUGACAGCAGUGGUGAUGAAAGUUCUUAUUCCAACUGCGUUCCCAUAGACUUGUCUUGCAAACACCGAGUUGAAAAAUCAGAAUCUGACCAACCUGUUUCUUUGGAUAACUUUACUCAAUCCUUGCUGAACACUUGGGAUCCAAAAGUCCCAGAAAUAGAUAUCAAAGAAGAUCAAGAUACCUCAAAUAAUUCUAAGCUAAACUCACACCAGAAAGUAACACUUCUUCAAUUGCUACUUGGCCAUAAGAAUGAAGAAACUGUAGAAAAAAGCACCAGCCCUCAGGGAGUACACAAUGAUGUGACCAAGUUCAGUACACAAAAUUAUUCAAGGACUUCUGUGAUAGAAAGCCCCAGUAUAAAUCGGACUACUCCAGUGAGCACUCCACCAUUACUUACAUCAACCAAAGCAGAGUCUCCCAUUAAUCUCUCUCAACACUCUCUGGUUAUCAAAUGGAAUUCCCCACCAUAUGCCUGCAGUACUCAGUCUGAAAAGCUAACAAAUACUGCAUCUAACCACUCAGUGGACCUUACAAAAAGCAAAGAACCUCCAGGAGAGAAACCAGCCCACAGUGAAGGUGCACAAAACUCUGCAACUUUUAGUGCCAGUAAGCUGUUACAGAAUUUAGCACAAUGUGGAAUGCAGUCUUCCGUGUCAGUGGAAGAACAGAGAUCUAGCAAACAGCUGUUAACUGUAAACACAGAUAAACCGAUGGGUAUGAUUGAUAGAUUAAAUAGCCCUUUGCUCUCAAGUCAAACAAGUGUGGUUGAAGAAAAUAAAGCAUUUAGUAGUCAACCAACAGUUCCAGAACCAGGACUUUCUGGUUCUGAAAUAGAAAAUCUGCUUGAAAGACGUACUGUCCUCCAGUUGCUCCUGGGAAACCCCAACAAAGGUAAGAGUGAAAAGAAAGAGAAAACUCCCUUAAGAGAUGAAAGUACUCAGGAACACUCAGAGAGAGCUUUAAGUGAACAAAUCUUGAUGGUCAAAAUAAAGUCUGAGCCUUGUGAUGACUUACAAAUUCCUCAUACAAAUGUGCACUUGAGCCAUGAUACUAAGAGUGUGCCAUUCUUGGGUAUGGCUCCUGCUUUGCAAAGAAGCACACCUGCCUUACCAGUGUCCGAGGACUUUAAAUCGGAGCCUGUUUCACCUCAGGACUUUUCUUUCUCAAAGAACGGUCUGUUAAGUCGAUUGCUAAGACAAAAUCAAGAUAGUUACCUGGCAGAUGAUUCAGACAAGAGUCACAGAAAUAAUGAAAUGGCACUUCUAGAAUCAAAGAAUCUUUGCAUGGUCCCUAAGAAAAGGAAGCUUUAUACUGAGCCAUUAGAAAAUCCAUUUAAAAAGAUGAAAAACAACAUUGUUGAUGCUGCAAACAAUCACAGUGCCCCAGAAGUACUGUAUGGGUCCUUGCUUAACCAGGAAGAGCUGAGAUUGAGCAGAAAUGAUCUUGAAUUUAAAUAUCCUGCUGGUCACAGCUCAGCCAGCGAAAGUGAACAAAGGAGUUGGGCAAGAGAGAGCAAAAGCUUCAAUGUUCUGAAACAGCUGCUUCUCUCGGAAAAUUGUGUGCGGGAUCUGUCCCCUCACAGAAGUAACUCUGUCACCGACAGUAAAAAGAAAGGACACAGAAAUAAUGUGACCAACAGCAAACCUGAAUUUAGCAUUUCUUCUUUAAAUGGACUGAUGUACAGUUCCACUCAGCCCAACAGUUGCAUGGAUAACGGGACAUUUUCAUACCCAGGAGUGGUAAGAACUCCUGUGAGUCCUACUUUCCCUGAGUACUUGGGCUGUGCAGGGUCUAGACCAGAAUCUGGGCUUUUGAAUGGGUGUUCCAUGCCCAGUGAGAAAGGACCCAUUAAGUGGGUUAUCACUGAUGUGGAGAAGAAUGAGUAUGAAAAAGAUUCUCCAAGACUGACCAAAACCAACCCAAUACUAUAUUAUAUGCUCCAGAAAGGAGGCAAUUCUGUUACCAGUCGAGAAACACAAGACAAGGACAUUUGGAGGGAGCCUUCAUCUGCUGAAAGUGUCUCACAGGUCACAAUCAAAGACGAGUUACUUCCUACUGCAGAAACGAAAGUUUCUUUCUUUAAUUUAAGAAGCCCUUACAAUAGCCAUAUGGGAAAUAAUGCUACUCGCCCACACAGCGCGAAUGGAGAAGUUUAUGGACUUCUGGGAAACGUGCUAACAAUAAAAAAAGAAUCAGAAUAAAAUGUACCUGCCAUCCAGUUUUGGAUCUUUUUAAACUAAUGAGUAUGAACUUGAGAUCUGUAUAAAUAAGAGCAUGAUUUGAGAAAAGCAUGGUAUAAUUGAAACUUUUUCAUUUUGAAAAGUAUUGGUUACUGGUGAUGUUUAAAUAUGCAUACUAACUUUUGCUUAACAUUAGAUGUCAUGAGGAAACUACUGAACUAGCAAUUGGUUGUUUGACACUUCUGUAUGCAUCAGGUAACAACUGUGAGUAGCCUAUGAAUGAAAUUCUUUUAUAAACAUAAAUAAUAGGCAUAAAUUAAAAUGUAAAAUUCCAUUCAUAGUGGAUUAAUGCAUUUUGCUGCCUUUAUUAGGGUACUUUAUUUUGCUUUUCAGAAGUCAGCCUACAUAACACAUUUUUUAAAGUCCAAACUGUUAAACAAGUCUUUAAAGGAUAAUUAUCCAAUAAAAAAAAAAAAACCUAGUGCUGAUUCACAGCUUAUUAUCCAAUUCAAAAGUAAAUUAGAAAAAUAUAUGCUUACAUUUUUCACUUUUGCUAAAAAAGAAAAAAGUGUUUAUUUUUAACUCUUGGAAGAGGUUUUUUGGUUCCUAGUGUGUCUGUCCCACCCUGGUCCUUUUCAAUAUAUAUUUCUUUAAACCUUGUACUACUUAGUAAAAAUUGAUUACAAUUGAGGGAAGUUUGAUAGAUCCUUUAAAAAAGGCAGAUUUCCAUUUUUUGUAUUUUAACUACUUUACUAAAACCCCUCCUUUUACAGAAUUAGAAAAGUUAACAUUUAUCUCUAGGUGGUUUCCUGAAUAGUUCAAUAUUUAAGAAAUUGUUUUUAACAGAAGCAAAAUGGCUUUUCUUUGGACAGUUUUCACCAUCUCUUGUAAAAGUUAAUUCUCACCAUUCCAGUGGUACCUGCAAGUCUUAUGACCAGGAUUCCUUAAAGCUGAACUCAGACCACUUGCAUUAGAACCAUCUGGAGCACUUGUUUUAAAAUGCAGAUUCAUAGGCAGCAUCUCAGAUCUACAGAACAAGAAUCUCUGCUAAGUGGACCUGGAAUCUUCCAUCUGCAUCUUAACACGCUCCCUAGGUGUUUCUUCUGCACCUUGAUGUUUGAGAACCUUGGCUGAUAACUUUCCUCAGAACAUGAGACUGUAAAACAAAAACAAAAAACUAUCUGAUGCCUCUAUUUUCCCCAAUACAGUCACACAUCAGCUCAAAAUUUGCAAUAUUGUAGUUCAUAUAUUACCGUUAUGUCUUUGGAAAUCGGGUUCAGAACACUUUUUAUGACAAAAAAAAAUUGGGUGGAGGGGACAACUUUCAUAUCUGGCUCAACAUCUCAGGAAAAUCUGUGAUUAUUUAUGUGUUCUAAUGAGUAACAUCUACUUAGUUAGCCUUAGGGAUGGAAAAACAGGGCCACUUACCAAACUCAGGUGAUUCCAGGAUGGUUUGGAAACUUCUCCUGAAUACAUCCUUAACCUUUAUUAAAACCAUUGUCCUAAGAACAAUGCUAACAAAGGUUACAACAUUUAGUUCAAACCCAAGAAAGGCACUAAACUCAGAAUGACUAAGCAAAAAGUACAAAGGGCACAUAUUCAUGACAAUUGUACACGAUCACUCCAUUGGAUGUAUUAUUUUAAAAUAGUGAUGAAAAAUAAAUGUUGAUACUGUCUUAGAAGAACUUAAUGUAUUAUUGAAGCCACAUGGGGCUUCAAGUUUGAAACAAGUCUCUUUAUGUUCAGUUUGUACAAUUCACAAUUCAUUCACCAGAUAUGUUUUUAAUUGUGAACCAGGUUAGCAAAUGGCCUCUCAAAAUUACUCAAUAAUCACUAUUAGUUAGAAGGAAAUUGAUUUAAAAUUGUUCUACUUGAAGUGGUUUCUAAGAUUUUUAUAUUAAAAUUGGGUAUGAUUUCCUAUAAUGAUCUAAAACCCUAAAUGGUUAUUUUUCCUCAGAAUGAUUUGUAAAUAGCUACUGGAAAUAUACAGUAAUAAGAGUGGGUAUUAUGCAACAUCAUGGAGAAGCAAAGGAGGCAUAAGCUUAUUCUGACAUAAAAUUUCACUGGCCAGUUGAACAUAUUCUACUCCGUGUCCAUACUGUGACAAUCUUACUGUCAACACUAUAUAAAUAAGCUUUUAAGCAAGUCAUUUUCCUUGAUCAUUGUGAAAAGCCUGGAGCCUUAGAGGUAUGUCAGAAAAAUAUGUUGGUAUUCUCCCUUGGGUAGGGGAAAAUGGCCUUUUUAAAAGAGAGUGAAAUUUAGGUCAGAGAAAAGACCAUCCAGGGCCAGCAUUGCUAUUUUUUCUUUUUAUGAAUCUUGUUUUGUUUUUGGUUGGUGGGUUGGUUGUUUUCAUUGUUGUUAACAAUUAAAGGAAUGAGAAUAUGUAAUACUUAAGUAAAUAUGACCACAAAGAAUGCUGUUCUGAUUUACUAGAGGAUGUCCCCAAUUUGAAUUGAGGGUGAUUUAAAGAACAAUGAGAAAGGGCAUACAUCCACAGAUUCACUUUGUUUAUGCAUAUGUAGAUAUAAGGAUGCACAUAUACACAUUUUCAAGGACUAUUUUAGAUAUCUAGACAAUUUCUUCUAAUAAAGUCGUUUGUGAAAGGGUACUACAGCUCUCAUUGACAUCAGUAAGAUAGCAUUCAUUACCUGUUUAUUCUCUGCUGCAUCUUACAGAAGAGUAAACUGGUGAGAGUAUAUAUUUUAUAUAUAUAUAUAUAUAAUAUGUAUAUAUAUAUAUUGACUUGUUACAUGAAGAUGUUAAAAUCAGUUUUUAAAGGUGAUGUAAAUAGUGAUUUCCUUAAUGAAAAAUACAUAUUUUGUAUUGUUCUACUGCAACAGAAAAGCCUUUUAAUCUCUUUGGUUCCUGUAUAUUCCAUGUAUAAGUGUAAAUAUAAUCAGACAGGUUUAAAAGUUGUGCAUGUAUGUAUACAGUUGCAAGUCUGGACAAAUGUAUAGAAUAAACCUUUUAUUUAAGUUGUGAUUACCUGCUGCAUGAAAAGUGCAUGGGGGACCCUGUGCAUCUGUGCAUUUGGCAAAAUGUCUUAACAAAUCAGAUCAGAUGUUCAUCCCAACAUGACAGUAUUCCAUUUCUGAACAUGACGUCUGUGGUUUAAGCUUUGUGAAAGAAUGUGCUUUGAAUCCAAGGGUCUUAAACAAUUUUUUUAAAUCAAGUCAACCACUUUUAAACAUAAAGAAUUCACGCAACUACUUUCAUGAAUUUUUUAAUCCCAUUGCACACAUUAUUCCAAGAGUAUCCUGGUAUUAGCAAUACUGGAAUACAGGCACAUUACCAUUCAUAGUAAGAAUUCUGGUGUUUACACAACCAAGUUUGAUGCGAUCUGCUCAGUAAUAUGUCAUUUUUAUUAGAAAUUUAAUUUCUUCAUGUGAUGUCAUGAAACUGUACAUACUGCAGUGUGAAUUUUGUUUUGUUUUUUAAUCUUUUAGUGUUUACUUCCUGCAGUGAAUUUGAAUAAAUGAGAAAAAAAAUGCAUUGUC